AUGUCGAGUCCGCCGUGGCGCCCACGUGCCCUUGCGCUCCUCGCGCUCCUCGUGCUCAGCCUCGUCACGCCCAUCAACUACGCCAUGGACACGAGCAAAGACUACUACAAGAUCUUGGGCGUGCGCGAGGACGUGUCCGACCGCGAGCUCAAGAAGUCGUACCGCCAGCUCGCGCUCAAGUACCACCCGGACAAGGCCGAGAACGCAGAAGACGUGGAGGUUGCCAAGGAAAAGUUCGUCCAAGUGUCCGAGGCCUACGAAGUGCUGUCGGACGCUGAGAAGCGCAAAGAGUACGACGACGCGCGACGCUAUGAGCAGUUUACCAGUGGCAAGGCGGGCGGGUUUGGGCAACCGCAACCCGGCGCGGGCGACCGCACGGCCGACGAGGCCAUGGCGUCGUUUACGAAGAUGUUUGCGGAUAUGUUUGGCCAAGGCUUUGACGAGGGAGCCUUUGGUGGUGCUCCGUUCGGACAGGGACGCGGUGCUGGCGGUGCUGGCGGACGGCACAAGGAGUUCCAGUUUAGCGGCAUGGACGGCUUUGGCCGUGCGGGACCACCGCCAUCGGCUGAGAGCGGGUAUUACGUCGACCCGCGUGUACGACAGCCAACGACGUUGUAUGGCUCGGAAUCGCCGGUCAAGUCGCUGUCGAAAAUGAAGUUCCCAGGCAAAGACUCGAACUACGAGUGGCUGGUGCAGUUUUACGCCAUGGACCCGCCGUGUGCCGAGUUCCGGCUGAAAUACGAGAAGAUUGCGCGGGAUCUGAAAGGCAAAAUGCGCGUGGGCGCAGUGAACUGCAGAAAGCACAAGAUGUUCUGUCGGGCACAUGGCGUUCAGAAACCUCCGGCGUUCUUUUACGUCUGGCAAGGCCAAUUCAGCAAGUUUGAAGGCAAGAUGGACGAGUACGAAGUAUUCAGCUUUGCUGUCGACAAGCAUCUUGAACGCUUGCGUCGAUUGCGCGAGUCAGGCGAGAUUGAAAAGCUGCAUGCUGGCAACGAAGCCACGUUGUGCAACGUAGGCAAGCGAGCCAAGUCCACGACUACGUCUCUUUGCACAGUGUUUGUGCUGUCUAGUGACGAGACGCAGCGCGAGAAGGAGAUGGAGGUGGCAAAAGAAGUUGCUGCCAAGUUCCGCCACUCGAAGGGUCUGAACAUUGCAUACGUUGACUGGAAGACCCAGGAGCAAAUGGUACAAAAGCUCGUGCGGAAGGCCGCUGGCCGCAGUGAUAGUCAGCAUCAACCCGGGCUUCUCGUACUUCGAACGAAGCGGGGGAAGACGCGUGUUGGCAUGCAUGCGUUGGACGCCGGUUUCACCACCGAUGCUUUGUCCGCUACUAUGGAACGCGCUGUUGGCGGAGACUUGCCGCUGAAAAACAUGCGCGAUACGGUGCAUUUCCGUUGA